AAUAUGAAUUUGAUGUGGAAGUCACCUCUCAGAAUUUUCUUUUUUGGUGUCCUUGUGGGCAUGUUUACUUUCUGGAUUCUAGAUGCCCGUCGAAAUUCGGAAAAAUUAAUAGUUAGAGGUCUGUCUCAAUUGGAUCUCCCUGUUCUACCACAGAAAUUUCAUAAUGAUCCUGAAACCGGUCACCAUGAAGGCGAAGAUGUACUUGCUGCUGAUCUUGCCAAAAAAAUACGAUUGUUCGUUUUCAUCCUAACCUCGCCGAAAAAUAAAAUGUCCAAAGCUAUCCCCGUGAAGACUACAUGGGCUCGACGUUUCGAUGGUUAUAUUUUUGUCAGCUCCGAAGAUGACAAGGAUCUGCCUUCUAUUAGUGCUGUUGAAACUGAGGGCCGGCAACAUCUUUGGGAGAAGACUCGUCAUGGAUUUAUUCACGCCUACCAUACUGAAAUUGACAAUUAUGAAUACUUCAUGAAAGCAGAUGAUGACACCUUUGUGAUUGUUGAGAAUCUGCGCUACCUCUUGGCUGAGAAAAAUCCCGAUGAGCCAUUUCUUAUGGGCAGACGAUUUAAGACUUUUGUCAAGCAGGGCUAUACAUCUGGUGGUGCUGGCUAUGUGCUUUCGCGAGCUGCCUUGAGGCUUAUCGCUGAGGGUAUGAUUAAAGAAACCAAGGGUUGCAUGAAGCGUUAUGGAGCCGAGGACGUAAAUCUUGGUGAAUGUGCAGAAGCCGUUGGUGUGAAACUACUUGACAGUUUGGAUGAACACCAACAAGAAGUGUUCCAUCCAUUUCCUCCUGCCACUAUGUUGAACAAGGCGAGAAUGGAUAAGAUCUCCUGGAUUCAUUCAUAUAAUUUUUUCCCUGUCAAAACGGGUCUGGACUGUUGCAGCGAUCACACAGUGUCUUUCCAUUAUAUUAGUCCUUUUGAAAUGUACGUUCUGGAGUUUCUCGUUUACCACGUCUACCCCUAUGGGAUCACUAGGGAUGUCAGUCAGUACGAGAAGGUUAAACACUUACAGAACUCAGAAGGAGAGAAGAAUCAACCUUCGGGAAAAUGA